AGCUAACAAAGAACAAACUUAUGGCAGUUGACGAACAAGCUCAUUUGUAAUUUUAAACGCUACGGCAACGGACGGUAUAACGCGUGCGUAACUUUGAGAAUUCCGGGCACACACAACAAACAUUUAAAUAUUGAAGAAUAUUUGUUGUUGUAAUUAUUACUACAAAUAUUGGAGUCGGUGCUCCGUCAUCGCUGGGAUUAGCAUGCAUGGGAUAGUGAUUAGCUGUUGGGCAGCUUUCCUGCUGCCUCUCGCCCUUGCGGAUAAACAGUUCCUGUCACAAAUGUUCAAUAUUGGACUGGGAAAUAUAUUCAAACAGAAUCUUUACAAUGAUGCACCCCAACAAAAUGCCGAAUAUGACUUCAUUGUGGUUGGCUCUGGGCCAGCUGGCUGUGUGCUGGCCAAUCGUUUAUCCGAGAAUCCCCAGUGGCAGGUGUAUCUUAUCGAGGCUGGAGGGGUGGAGAGUAUACCCCAUCAGAUUCCGAUUAUGGCGGCAUAUUUGCAAGGGACCCACUCCAAUUGGGGCUAUAAGUCAGUGCCUCAGCGUGCCGCCUGUUUGGGCAUGAAUAACCAAGAGUGUGCCCUGCCAAGAGGUAAAAUAUUGGGUGGUACCAGUUCCAUAAAUUUCAUGAUCUACAAUCGUGGAAAUCGUCGAGAUUUCGAUCGAUGGGCGGAGUUUGGCAAUGAAGGCUGGUCCUACGAUGAGGUCUUGCCUUACUUUUUGAAAUCGGAAAAUUCCCAGGUUAAGGGUCUGGCAAUGUCCCCCUAUCACAAUCAUUCGGGACCCUUAAAUGUGGAGGAUGUACGCUAUCGUACAGAGGCGGCCAAGGCCUAUGUUAAGGCUGCCCAGGAGGCAGGUCACAAUAAAACCGAUUACAAUGGAGAAUCCCAAAUGGGUGUGUCUUUUGUCCAGGCCAACACUUUGAAGGGGCGAAGGCACAGUGCCUAUCGAGCCUAUAUUGAGCCCAUACGAUAUACCAGGAAAAAUCUGCACAUUGUUACCAUGGCCAGGGUGACGAAGGUCCUGAUCGAUAAACAGACCAAACAGGCCUAUGGGGUGAGAUUGCUCUAUCGCAAUACCCUGUAUACGAUUAAGGCCAGGAAGGAGGUAAUACUCUCGGCAGGGGCCUUCAAUUCACCGCAACUGCUCAUGUUAUCCGGCAUUGGGCCAGAGGAUAAUCUCAAAGGCAUUGGAGUACCUAUUAUCAAGGAGCUGCCGGUGGGUAAGCUGCUCUAUGACCACAUGUGCCAUUUUGGUCCCACCUUUACCACCAAUUCGACGGGCAAGACCUUUUUUGUGUCCCACACCACCCCGGGGCUGUUUGCCUCCUUCUUUGCCGGGGAUGCCUCAACAGUACUCUCAUCAAUUGGGGGUGUGGAAGCUUUAACUUUUGUUAAGACCCCACAUUCCAAGGAACCCCACGAUAUGCCCGAUGUGAAAUUUAUUACCGUGGCUGGUAGCCUGGCCUCGGAUGAGGGCACGGGCCUACUGCAAGGAGCCAAUUUCCGCCCCGAAAUUUACACCAAGGUCUAUAAGCCCCUUAAUGAUGCCCAAACGGAUCAUUUCAGUUUUCUGGUAAUGCAGUUCCAUCCAAAGUCGGUGGGACGGCUAUGGCUACACAAUCGCAAUCCCCUGGAGUGGCCUAGGAUCAAUCCGAAAUUUUUCCACAAUUCCGAUGAUGUGGAAGAUAUUCUAGAGGGCAUAAAAGAGGUCAUACGCAUUAGCCAAAUGCCAGCCAUGCAGAAAUUGGGUGUCCGCCUGCAUGACAUACCAGUGCCGGGCUGUGAGGGCCAUAACUUUGGCAGCGAUGAUUAUUGGCGUUGUUCCAUUCGAGUCAUGUCGUAUACAUUGCAUCAUCAGGUGGCCACUUGUCGAAUGGGGCCAGAGGCGGACAAUAGCACUGUGGUCAAUGCCAGGCUACAAGUCCACGGCAUUGGAAGGCUACGGGUGGCUGAUACCAGUAUUAUACCCUUUCCACCCACCUGCCAUACAAAUGCCGCCUCAUUUAUGAUUGGUGAGAAGGCGGCGGAUAUGAUACGAGCUGAGUGGUCAUAAUGGAGCAGGGGGUGGAGGAAAGGUAGUUUUAGGAAA